CGUCAGGCUCCGGAGCCCGGCUCCUGGCUUCGUCGGGAGCGGGCCCGAGGACCCUGGGCUCGCCGCCUGCCUCCGCUGGUUGGCAUGUCAGCCGAGGCCUCGGGCCCGGCGGGAGCCGCGGCCCUAUCCCUGGAAGUCCCUCAGCCGGCGGGGUUGGAACCCGGCACCCCCACGUACGGUCUGAAGCCCCUGACCCCGAACAGCAAGUAUGUGAAGCUGAACGUGGGCGGCUCGCUGCACUACACUACGCUGCGCACCCUCACGGGCCAGGACACGAUGCUCAAGGCCAUGUUCAGCGGCCGCGUGGAGGUGCUCACGGACGCGGGAGGUUGGGUGCUGAUUGACCGGAGUGGCCGCCACUUUGGUACAAUCCUCAACUACCUGCGCGAUGGGUCCGUGCCCCUGCCUGAGAGCACCAGAGAACUGGGGGAGCUACUAGGCGAAGCCCGCUACUACCUGGUACAGGGCCUGAUUGAAGACUGCCAGGUGGCACUGCAGCAAAAAAGGGAGAACCUGUCCCCACUGUGCCUCAUCCCCACAUUGACGUCUCCCCGAGAGGAACAGCAGCUCCUGGCCAGCACCUCCAAGCCCGUGGUGAAGCUUCUUCACAACCGCAGUAACAACAAGUACUCCUAUACCAGCACUUCAGAUGAUAACCUACUGAAGAACAUCGAGCUGUUUGACAAACUGGCCCUGCGCUUCCAUGGGCGUCUGCUCUUCCUCAAGGAUGUCUUGGGAGAUGAGAUCUGCUGCUGGUCUUUCUACGGUCAAGGCCGCAAAAUCGCCGAGGUGUGCUGCACCUCCAUUGUCUAUGCCACGGAGAAAAAGCAGACCAAGGUGGAAUUCCCUGAGGCCCGGAUCUUCGAGGAAACAUUGAACAUCUUGAUCUAUGAGACACCGCGCGGCCCGGACCCAGCCCUCCUGGAGGCUACAGGAGGUGCGGCUGGAGGUGGUGGGGCAAAUCGAGGGGAAGAUGAAGAGAAUCGAGAGCACCGCGUUCGGAGGAUCCAUGUUCGGCGCCAUAUCACCCAUGAUGAGCGUCCUCAUGGCCAACAGAUUGUUUUCAAGGACUGACUUUUGACCCUGACCCUGCCAUCCUCUUUGCUUGUAGACCCCAAUUCCUCUCUUUUUUUUCUCCUUUCCUCAGGCUUUUGCCCUGGCUCUGCUGGCCAAGUCAUGGGCCUUUCCUCUGUCCUUUCACUGCAUGGUGUGGUUCAAUGUGGUCCUGUUCGCUCAUUUCCCGAACUGCUAACAACAAGGUACAUUCCAGCCCUCUCCUCAGGCAGAGCUCUUCAGAAGGCCAACAUUCACACCCCUCCCCACAUUCUUGUCCUGCCUUCUUUCCCUCCCCAGCUGGUUUAGAAUGACUUUGGAAUUCCUUUUUCUUUUCAUUAAUACAUCAUACAUGCCAAGUGCUGAGCCAGUCCUUAGUAACAGUAACCUCUACUACUACACAGGGUGAUUUGCCUUCUUCCUACCACUUCCCCAUUCUCCUUUUCUCCUUAACUUUGUGUAAGGCUGACCUGGUCCUGCGCCAGCUCUGCUGUCUUUAUCUGUUUCAUAUUAUUUAUUAUUUAAGUUUUUUAUUAAAUUAUUGAAAUAAAUUGCA